AUGGCGAAUCAGGUGGAGGAAUCAGGUACUGAUGGUUCACCAGAAGCAAAGAAGCAAAAAAUUGAGCCGGGAUUAAAUUAUGAGGCACCGUUCAAAGUAUCGAUGUGUAGCUCUCAGCUUCGUGAUUUGGAUUUGGUGAAAUGGUUGGACAACAAACUUGGUGAUAACAACGAGUUAUGGUGUGGUCGACAGGCUGCAUCGUUACUUUCACGCGAAAUGUUGGUAGAAUUGGAAACAUGUUUCCAAGCACUGGAAUCGAAUGUUAAACUGAAAAUUAUAUUAGCUCUUCCGCAUUUGUCCUAUAAGCUUAUUACAAUGUGGAAAGAACCGCUAAUGAAUUUAUUGGAUCUAGCACGAAGAGAUGCUGAUGAUUGGAUUGAAACCGUUGCUGACAUGUAUAGAGAAUAUCCUAAUCAACAGUGUAUAACACCAAUACCUACCAAUGCAGAUUCGUAUUUUUGUAAAUCGCUUGAUGAGUUGAGGAAAAUGGUUAGAAAGCACUCUGCAAAUAAUAAUUUACGAUUGUUACCGCUUGACGUGAAUUCCGUAUCACAAAAUGCAAUCAAGACACGUUUUGGUUUAACCGAAAUUGAAAAUCGGAAACAUUUCAAUUUGAAGCGACGCGCUAAAUCAUAUACUCUAAAAGCUGAGCUGUUGAAAUCAAUAGAACUUGGUCAUAAUCGAAAUAAAAAUCAGAAGUUUGAUGUAAUAUCAUCAAGUUUUCCUAUUCGCAUACGAAGCACUGCUAGAAAGCCGAAUAAUGAUUUACCAAUGCGUGGGAUUCCGACUACAAAUACUUGUAAAUUAUCCGCUGGUUUCACGAACGAACCACGCAAAUUUCCAAGACAGUUAACGAGACGCGAAGGUGGUGCUAAAUUUAUUGACAUUUGUGAUCUGCCACCGUCACUGAGUAUUCGUCGAAAAGAGCAGGAAGCAGAAGAACGAGCAAGGAGGCAACGAGAAAAGGAAGAGCAGAGAAAACGUGCACAGGCUGAAAAAGUUGCAAAAGGUACAAAACGAGCUUCAAUAGUCGCCAAGAAGGCCAAAGAAACUGCUAUUAGAGCUGCAACAGUGGAUGAAGUUACAGCUGCGGUAAAUGAAGCAAUUUCUUCUGCAAUUCGGAAUAAUCCAAAUUUGAUUCGUGAAGGAUAUGAUAUUGCUUCUGUAAAUGCUGAAAGCAGUGGUUCCAAACAAGAUUCCAGCCAACUCUCGUCCAAACAAAACUCCAGCCAACUCUCAUCCAAACAAGAUUCCAGCCAACUCUCGUCUUCCUAUGGCGAUGUUCGCGAUUUACCAACAGUACAGUCGGAAAAUAGUCAGGAUUUGCAGUCAGCUUCAUCUGCAGUUUAUCAGUCUCGGCGUGAAUCAUUCGCACGUCGGCAAUGUGAAGAAAUGUUAGCGUGUGCCAAUGUAUUGAACGAAGAAGGUCAUCGUAUGGUCAUUGCUUUCAUGUCCGGUAACAAAGAACCAUCGUUAAGUGCAUCUCCAUGGAAGGAACAGAAUGGAAAUGUUUCAGUUCAUCCGUAUCCUCAUUUGGGUGAUCUCCUAACCUUGAAGUUGUCAGAAACUUACGAAGAUGAGACUCGACCAGAUGGAACAGUGCAGAAAAUGCGUGUAGAAACCUUCUUUCAGAUGGAUUAUCGAACAGGAGAAUGGAAACGCCUGCGAAAAACUCGUCCUUUACGCCCGGAAGAAAUGCGCCUGUUAUAG